CACCGCGUGAUUGAGUGCUUGAAGCGCUUGUGGAGGAGCUUACAGUCAAUCAAUGGUCUAAUAAUUGCCUACGAUAGGAAUAUGAUGAAGGCAGGAAUCGAGUGGAUGAGUGACAGAUUGUUUGGACUUACAUGAAGAAAAUUGGUUUGGAAAUAAGUAUGAAUAGUGAGAGUUUAGAAAGACAAAAUUUGCAAAUAAUUUGCGAAAUGUGGAGAUAUAAUUGGUCUGCCAACGCGGGUAAAUUAAUGCGUGAGUUGACGUGUAUGUGGAUGUAGAUAAUAAAGAACUUUUUGUUAUGCACGAGAAAGCAUAGUAAUUAUAUUUUGAUAAGCUAUCGACAGUUUAAUUAAACAAACAUCAAAGUAGAUAAAGCUUUGAACAGAUAAAAUAGUUUAUAAAUAAACGAAUACAUAAAUAAAAUAUUGUGUUUUAGACUGUGUGUGACAGCAUCGAGGGUUCAGUUCUACCUGUUGUGAAGGUCAUGCCACUGGAUAAUAUGUGCUUGAUUGUAUGAUAAAACUAAAUAAAAGUAAAAUAUACAAGUAUAACUCUUUAAUAAUGAGCAACAUAAUAAUUGCAAUAUUGGUGUUUGAAAUGUAGUUUUUGCAAUAUUAUAUAUUGUACAAAUAUAUAAAUGGAGGAAUUAUAUGGUAUUAUAUGAUUUAAUGUUUUAGAAGUUUGUGCAGUGAUUUGGGAAGUGUUUUUUGUGUGAAAUAGUUAUCAAUCAUCAUCAAAUGCGUGCAAUUAACAUGUAUUAGAAACAACGGUUACUAGUGUUUUAAUAAACAUUCACAUAAUUAGAUGACAUGAAGAAGACCUUCUUAUUUACAAAGGUCUGAAGACAUUAGAGUAAGAAGGAUGACUUGACGUGUCACUAUAUUCUCAAUUUCCUAUUGAAUAGUGAAUCUUGACAAACCCGAAGAUGUGAAGUCGUGAAGAAACCCCGGAAUACAUGUUUCUCCUAUGUAGUGUUUUCAUCAAAGUGUGAAGAUGGAAUUAUUUUAUGUUGGUGAAAGUUUCAAGUGGUGCGUUCACGUUAACGGAUAAAGUGAAAACGGAAUUUAGUGAUAGCUGAGGCGGACGCACAACGAUUUAAAAUGGAUCGAGUGCGAUGCUUAUGUAACACGGCCAUUAAAAUACGCGUAUAUGGAAUUAUUGUUGUGCUUCUGUGCUUACUACCGUCGUUUGCACAUGCAGCUUUGGUGUUACGGACAAACACUGUGACGGUGAAAGUAGGCCGGACAGUGUUUCUUAGCGCUGAUGAUAUUGUGAUAAGGAAAUCAAGGAAAAACGACGAGGGGUGCCGAAUAGAGGUCGUACAAAAUGACCCCAUCACACAACGAGUUGGGGUUCUUCAACCCAAGAUAUUCGACUGCCAGUACCAAGCCAACAUUGUGCAGUUCAUCCAUUCGGGUUCUCCGUUCCUCACGGAGGAUAGAGUCAAACUACGCGUCCAUCGCUUCACCAGCCGAAGAACCAUUUCGGAAACAUUUCAUCUCAAUGUCCGCAUCAUUAACGCCACUGCAGACAUCGUAGUGACACGUGGGCUGCGUCACGUGAUCGUCCCAGAGUUCAACGGCAUUUCAAACACCAUAGAUACUUCUGUGAUGCUUUUCAACAAUAGUCGAUCUUCAAACGCCUCGUGCAUCGUCAGCUUCAACCAGAGCGAAUCUAAUUGGCCUCUCGUGGGUCACAUGAUCGCCGGUGGGCAGCGCGUGCCCGUGCGUGACGUAAGGACCACGUGUCAGGAGUUCCUGUACAUGGAACUGCAGUAUGAACAUUUACAAAAACCGACACCGGAUGUCGACUAUCUGGUACUCAGUAUCGAACUAACUGACCCGAAAGUAAGCGACGUAACAAUAGCGGAGCGCUUCUUUCUACCGAUAUACAUAAAGAACGCGUUACUAAACUCGCAACCCAGAUCAUCGUCCAAAAGCAUGUACACAAUGGAGGUGGACCAAUUCGUGCUCACUCCGCUAAUUAAGGGCAUCAUUUCCGCGGAAGAUUAUGAGACCCCGGACUCUCUCCUUGUAUACAAUAUCACGAAACCACCAAGACCGGACCAAGGACAUUUCGUCCACCUAGAUGACCAAGCUACCCCGAUCACCUCGUUCCUGCAACGCGAUCUGGAAAACCAAAAAAUUGCGUAUCGAGCCCCAAAUAUAAGUUUAACUGAAAGGCCCAUUUACGAAGUUGAAUUUAAAGUUUACGACAGUCAUUUCUACGAAAGCAUGCCAAUUGUGUUGCAUAUUGCAGUGAGACCAUCAUCACAGGAUAUUCCGCGGAUAACAGUGAACACCGGCUUGGUAAUAUUAGAGGGUCAGUCAAGGGACAUCUCAUCGGAAGAGUUUAUGAUAGCCGCCAAUAAUCCCGGCGAUGUACGUGUAUACGUCAUGGGUGGGCUAGAGCACGGACAGUUGUUGAGGGACGGUCGCCUAACGGUUUCAUUCACAAUCGCAGACUUGGAAAACGGGGCGUUGAACUACAUACACGACGACAGCGAAUCGGUACGAGAUUACGUACUUUUUAAGAUCAGCGACGGAAAACACGACAUAACGUCAACGUUUCCUAUAAACGUGAUAACCAAAGACGAUAGUGCGCCGUCCAUUUUGUGGAAUCUUGGCAUGGAACUUAAUGAAGGUCAAACGCAGCGUUUGGAUACUUCAAUGCUUCUAGCACAUGACAUCGAUAGCGUCGACUCCAGUAUCGUUUACGUCGUUACGCAACCGACGGACGCGGGUGAAAUAAUUCGCAAAACCCGUCCAACCGACAGCGGAACUCGAGUGAACAGAUUCUCCCAACGAGAGCUUAGAAGGGGGCAAAUAUAUUACCGACAUUUCGGGCGCGAGAACUUUCAUGAUGAAUUCCUAUUUACUUUACAAGACCAGCAAGUACCCCCUAACGAAUCAGCGGUGGAGACGUUCUAUAUUGCGAUAAAUCCAGUAAAUGAGAACCCACCUCAGCUCUCUCCGGACGCCACAAGAUUAAUGCGAGUGUCGGAGUCUGACAUUGCAUUAAUAACAAAAACCGAACUGGAAUAUAUAGGUACGGAAACAAGUUCAGAGGAAUUGACGUACGUCAUAACCGCGCAGCCCUAUUUUGUCUACAGAAACAGGGCAAUGUCGGUUAACGACGCCGGGCGCAUAAUUGCGUUGCACAAUCGCACCUUGCAUAAACAAGACGGCAUACCGGCCGUCGAGACCUUUAACCAGCGCGACAUUAAUAAUCUAAAGAUAGGCUAUAUGCCUCCUAUGGCCGAUAUUGGCCCUGAGCCGCGACUCGUUCGCUUUGUGUACACCGUGCAGGACUCGAGCGGAAACAAGGUGCUCGGUCAGCAAUUCGACAUCGACGUGCAACCGGUCAAUGACCGUCCGCCGACGUUUGUAACGUCACACUUGCUGGUUGAAGAGGGAGGAAUCCUGGGGAUCUCCACCAACCACGUGUCCGCCGUGGAUGUGGAUACGUACGAGAAUGACUUGGUGUUCAUCAUCGACCAACCGCCCCACCAUGGCCAACUACAGAAAGGUGGCGUGAAUCUUGCCGCAACCGACACGUUUAAAAUGCUUGAUCUGAGACGUAAAGACUUGCGGUACAUACACGACGGUUCCGAGGUCACGAGUGACUUCUUCACACUUUCCGUGUCUGACGGAGACAAUCGCGUCUCCAAGGUGUGCGAUAUAGAGGUGGUACCCGUCGACGAUGUGGCGCCGAGGGUCAAGGACGAUCUGCGAACCCACCUGAUAGUGUCAGAGGGCAGCCAAACCGUCAUCACAUCCAACGUGUUGGCGGCAACCGAUGACAAAACGGAUGACCUCGGACUCAUGUUCCUGAUUGUUAAGCAACCCAAGUACGGAAUGCUGCAGCUGAGGGGCGAACCGGCGACGAAGUUCUCGCAGCAAGAUGUCAAGACCAGCCUGGUACACUACAUUCACACCAGCGGCGAGAUCGGACCGGAACCCAUUAAGGACACUGUGACAUUUAUUGUCUCCGACCAGCAUUAUAAAACCGGCGGUUCCCCGCCGACAUACGUUCUCAAUAUCACCAUAACGCCGGUCGAUAACCAGUCCCCGAUUAUUAUCUCGGGUCUUCCCAUUAACAUCGAGGAGGGGAAGACGUUCUAUUUCUCGCCGGACUAUUUGACAGUCAAGGACGCUGACACGGAGCCGAAUUCCAUCCAAUUCGUCAUAACGAAACAUCCACAGUGGGGCUACUUGGACAACUCGCGAAGUAAGCGCAGUGCCGAGAAAACUGUUCUUCCAGUGACGUCCUUUAAACUUCAAGAUAUAAUUGAUAACAUAAUCGCGUAUGUUCAGUCCACGCACAAGGGUAUCGAACCCACGUCCGAUUCGUUCGAUUUUUACGCCUCGGACGGAAAGUCGAAGUCGCUAACCCAUACUGCGACCAUACGAAUCACUCCGAUCAACGAUGAAGAGCCAAACCUCAUGCUUACCGACUUCACCGUAGUUGAAGGCGGAAGUAAAAUCAUCGACAAGGUGAUGAUAGACGCCAAUGACCUUGACAUGCCCAGAGACGAUAUCCGCCUAUUUAUCUCCCAGGCGCCUGAGCACGGGGAUAUCGUUGUCGUCCGACACACGCCGAACGGGGCCGUCGAAGCGACCGUUAAUGCGUUCUCGUCGACGGAACUUGAACGGGGCAUGCAACUGAAAUACAUUCACGAUGACACUGAGAACUUCGCCGAUAAAUUCGCGGUCACAGCCUCGGACGGGAAACACGAGGUGAAGAAGGUGUGCAACAUCACCGUCAUACCGAUAAACGACGAAAGACCAGAGAUUGUCAGGAAUACUGGCUUGCAGAUGGGCUUCGGCGAAAGGGCCGUGAUAACAAAUCAAUUGUUAUUUGCGCUGGACCGUGACAAUGCGGACAACCAGGUGAUCUACAUUGUUCUGACAGUUCCAAAGAAGGGUGCCCUACAGAUGUGUACGCUUCCGAACGAGCCGAUGUUCUCCCAAAAAUGCCGGGACAUGUGGGUGGGACAAAACUUUACACAGGCGUCUAUUAAUGAAGCACUGGUUCGGUAUGUCCAUACCGCAAGCAUGGGAAACUCCGAGUCCGACAGUUUCAUGUUCGCGCUGUCCGACGGCAAAAAUAAGCGCCAGGUUGAGACGUUUCAUAUAAGGGUAGUCAAUAACAAGCGGGCAAAAAUUACGUUGACGAACGAAAUGUUGGCAUUGAACGAGGGAGACCGUCUUUCGUUAACGACAAGAUAUCUCAGCGCAGACGACGGGAGUUCGCGACCCGAGGAAAUAGUCUUUGCUAUUAUUAGGCCGCCACAUUUGGGUCAAAUCGAAUACAUCGAAACGCCUUUGAUUCCAAUAACAAGUUUCACUCAAAGCGACCUAGUGGCUGGUCGGGUCGUUUAUAAUCAUCUGACAAAGGUGGACAUAAAAAACGAUUCGUUUACGUUCACAGUCGCCAAUGGCCACGGGGACAAUAAGGACACAGAGUUCAUGUUCAGUGUGACACCCUCGGACAGGUUCCCGCCUUCUCUGGCGGUCAACGAACUGGUUCAGGUCCUGCAGGGAGCAGAGAUAGCCAUCACCGUCAACAAUCUGAGGGCCGAUGACCCGGACACCGACAGCAGUAACGUCACAUUCAUGAUCGCCAAACAACCGACUUACGGACGCUUAUACAACCGCGGUGUUUACAUCACCAACUUAUUUACCCAAAACGCCAUCGAUCGUGGGAUGAUUACGUACGAAAGCGACGGUUCGCACGCCGGACUCGAUAACUUUUUAUUCACGCUUAGUGACAAUAAAAACGACGGAUUCCUUUUUAAAGGGAAUCGGAGUAACAUACCCGUUAGUUGCAACAUUUACAUCCAACCUCUUGUCAAUGACAUCCCAAAGCUAAUAACCCUAGAGCACCCGACUAAUAUUCAAAUGUUCGAAGAAGACAGGUACGGCUUUAGGUUGAACAGCAACGUCCUUAAGGCGGUAGACUCCGAUACGAUGAACAAAAAUUUGGUCUUCAUCAUCGAACAGCGACCGAAGUUCGGUCAUCUUGAGAACAGCGAGGCGAAGCGCUACGUGCGCGAGCGAUUCACGCAGCGCGACUUGGACGAGGAUACACUCCAGUAUAUUAUAGACACGAGCGAUCGCGAGACCAAUGACAGCUUCACGUUCCGGAUACAGGACGUGCGCGGAAACGUGCUGGAGGAUCAAAGGAUGGAAUUCCACUGGUCUUUCGUUGACCUCGAGCGCAGUAGCAUGGUUGUAUGCGAGAAUAUAGGCACACUUCCGGUGACUCUCGUCCGAACGGGAGACCUGAGCACGCACGCGUUCGUCGGCAUCGAGGUACAGGACCGGAACACGCGCCUUAACGAGGAUUAUAGGACGAGCUCCGACCCUCAGGUCCAGUUUGAACCAGGCAAGGCGACGGCCACGUGGAACAUCCAGAUCCUGGACGAGGGUCCCCUCGAGAGCUCGGAAAACUUCAUGGUCAUCAUCAAGGAGCCUGUCCACGCAAUUCUCGGCAAGAGACGCAAGCUCCGUGUCCGCCUCAUCAACGCUGAGAACGGCGAGUGUCCUCAGUACCUUGGUAUGGUUAGCAAGCACCAGACCUCCAUCCCUGACACCGUCUUUCUACCGGACAACGACCCGGUUACCGAUGAUGACGUCAUCGUACCGGAAAAGGAGACCAUUCUAUCGGCUUCAAAUCUGAAUCGCAACAAUCGACAACGGCCCCAACAUGAGAACGCCCUUAUGGAUCCCGCGGGAAACGGUAUGGUGGACCAGUUCCCUGAGUCAGCCGGAAACACGAAUGCCGCGCUGUCGCCAGAGGAGCGAACACAGAAGCGCCUUGAGGAACGCCAGAGGAAGCUGGCGGAACAGAACAGAAACAACAGCAACCGGAAGCGGAGGAAUAGGAGGAAGGGCGGCGGACUAAAGAACAAUAAAGCACCGGCACCCGUACAAGUGACCACAACCCCGUCCGGAAGUGACGACGUCAGUUAAGGUCGAUAUUAAAGCGCCCCAAAACUGUACCCAGACCACCGGGGGCCUUUUGUACUUUGACCCCAUCACCAAGCAGAUGUACAAGUGCAACGGGGUCGCCUGGUUUCUGUGGCGACCUGAGUCCAAGGAUCAACAAGUAGAGGCUAAAGAGUGUCAGCAAGGUUGGUCGAAGUACGGCUCGCGCUGCUUCCGAUUUAUCAACGAGCGGCUCACGUGGGAGGUGUCCGAGAUGCUGUGUCAGAUGUCGUACGGCGCGCACCUCGCCAGUGUUGUGUCGGAAGAGCACUUACGUUGGAUGUCGGAAAUAGGGGGGAGGAAAGCGUUCUGGAUCGGUCUUAACGCCGAGAACCAGACGGGCUCUUGGCGCUACACAAACGGCGAGGCGGUUAGCUACACACGUUGGAAAGGGGAGGAGCCGCGCGUGAAGCGAACGCUUAGUCGCAAAAACUGCGUCAUCGUCGACAAAAAGCGACGUAUGCGCAAUAAGCCUUGCGCGAGCAGAAAGGCUAGACUUAUGUGUGAACAAGAUAUCGUUACCAAAGAGCCCGUGCGCGCACCUCCCAAGCGUGACAUUUCCAGUAUUUCGCAACCAGAGCCCGAGCGGCGCGAAAAAAAUAGGUUAAAAAAACGGAAAAAGAAUGACCCGAAGACUCCGCGGAGAAAUGUCAACGGCGGAUUUUUCUAUGGGGCGUAACACUGCAGUUUGUUAUAUGAACGUUAUGUACAAUGUCUUGAUCUGUUUUGUGUUUUUGUCGUGGAAAAUAUGUGAAUUGCAAUAUUCGCGUGUGUUUGGUUUUUAAAGAAGGAGUAGUGAGAGCUACAUAGAAGGUGUGGAAGAUAAUCUCUGUAUUAUAAAAAAACGAUCAGAGAAUCGUAGAGAGUAGCCGAUGUGAUCGUUUAGUGUAACCGUUGGCGCGUGCGAGGUAAUUGGAUCUUGUAAAGCUUGUACCAAACAUUUCUUUUAUAAUUUCGCUCGUUGGUCGAUCGGAUGGUAUUUAACUUUGACGUCUGCUGUCAAUUAUUUAAACAACAAAAACUGUGGUUGCUCGCGUAGAAACGGAGGUUAACCAACUAGUAAUUAGUUUGGAUUAACACCAUUUCCUAUGUGUAAUUGCACAUUUAUUAAGAUUUGAUUUAGAUCUUGUUUGUGUUGUAAAUAUACGUUUAUCCAGUAAAUAUAUAGUAUGUUAAUCCGUGUUCAUAUUUAUGUCGGAUAUUUUAAUUUUUUAUCUAUCUAUUAUCGAUAUUUUGAUCUAUAAACCGUUCACAUUGUCGCAAUAGUUAUCAUGGUAGUCAAUUCUACUGAUUUCGUAAUAAUUUGAGGCAUAUCAUUAUACAGCGGUAAAUGUUCAUGAAAGCAACGGCGUAAUAUUUUGUAUAUGGCUUUCAAAAUAAUACAUGGGAGUUCAAUUUUUAAACAGUUUCAAAACAGUUUCUUCAGUGUGUUUUCCAGCAUUUUACUGACAAAAUUCCAGUUUUAACAAUGAGAGUAGAAACACGAUAUUAAUAUUUUUUUAUUUUGAAUACGUUUUUGUUCAAUUAUUUAUAAUAUAUGUUGUUAUUUGUGCAUUUAUAAUAAUUGUAAGUUGUUGAAAUUAUGUUGUUUGCGAACAUAAGUAUACAAAAACCAGUUUCUGUCGAUUCAAUAAAUGUGUUUGAUUUAUGUUACUUUUUUUAAUGAGUGUUAAAUUGACGAUGUAUUUACAUAGAUAAGAUGAUGAAGAACAACAGCCUUUAUCACUUACAGCUGCCGCGUCGUUUUGAUAAGAAUGAUAUGCUUUAUUGUAUUAAGUAUGAAUAGCCACACACUUCGUUACUGAAAAGAUAAACUGAAGUAUGAUUUGUUAAAUUUUUGUAUGCAAAAAUUUAAAACUGUAUUCCAAACUAAAACUGAAUAAAUAAGCGUUUUUGAAGGAUAAACGGGUCUGUAUCGACAUAAAUAUAUAUUUAUAUAUUAUAACAUUUUCAAUUUUGUUUUGAUAAAAACAUAUUAAAAAGCUUAGAGCAAUUAAGACAUGACUUAAAUCUAAGUUCUGACAUUUGUAUAGCGUAGUGGACGUCUGUAUAUAAUGCAAUUAAUAUAGAAUUAAAGAACAUAAGUAAUAAAUAUAAAUACAACCAUAUAUACAAAUUGUUUGUAAAUGAAGUUAUUUAGUUCCACGUGUAGUAUUUUAGCAUAGGCGAACAAACCCCACCGAUACCCAUAUAAGAAGUAAAUGCGUUACUGAAAUGUUUGAAUAUUGUCGCAUACAGUGAAUAAAAUGAAUACAAAAUU